CCUAGACCCGCCCGGUAUCCGAACAUAUAGCUUGCUUUAAACGUUUGAAUUAAAUUUCUCGCUAUUGAGAAGAAACCUCCAUAACUACUUCGGUUCCAUUUUGUACCAAGAAUGCUCGUAUACUCGAGACAAAUGUCAUCUUGGGUGAAGAGCCUAUUUGGUUUAGUGUUACAUGUACUUCAAGUUAAUUAUGUACUAUGUCAACCAUCUACAUGUGGAGAAACUGUGUGGUCUGGAAAAUCAAGUGGAUACCUUAGUUCUCCCAGAAAAGGUGGAGUUGGUGGAUUCACAAGUACAAUUCCCAUAGGCAUCCUUGAUUUACAACGGUAUCCUAGCAAUACAGAUUGUAUAUAUGAUUUCACUUCGCGCAGUGGAAGAGGAAUCAAGCUGAAAUGGGAAAACUUUGAUAUCACUGGUGACAUGCCUAGUUGCAGUAACGAUUAUGUGGAGGUUUUCAUUGGCUGCGGCAAGUCAUCCAUUGGUCGUCUGUGCUCAAGCAAUCUUAUUGGCAGGAUAGGCAAAUCAUUUGAUAUUUAUUCCCCAGAUUCCUGUUUGAGAAUCAAAUUUCAUUCUGGUGGCAAUAACUCAACAGGGAAAGGUUUCAGAGCUUUAAUUACAACCUUUGACUUGCAAACAAGUGUUACACCAUAUGAGUGCCGCACAAGUUCUUAUGGUUUUCUAAAGAAUGAUUACUAUGAUACAAUAAGUUCCCCUAACUGGCCACAGAAAUACCCUACGAAAUACAGCAGCAGCUGUUACUUCAAUAUAGAUGUGGGCCACAGCUACCAUGCUAAAUUGGUAUUCAUGGACUUUGAUCUUUAUCGCAGUUAUAAGUGUGAUAAGACGAAAAUUAAGAUUAAAGGAGGAGGAUCAUCAUACAGCAAAGCUCGUAGAACUAUCAUGGAUAGCAGAUGUGGUUACAGGAAACCAUUUACACUGACCCUUACAGACGACAAUGUCUAUAUACGAUUUAAACCUGGUGAAAAUUUGAAUAAACGAGGAUUUGUUGCUGGGUAUAUAAGGUACAAACCAGUAUCAGGAACAGGCGGUAGCUCCUCUGGUGGAUGGCCUACAUACAUCAUUGCAGUUAUCAUCAUUCUCAUUGUACUUGGAGUAGUCAUUUUUUGUAUAUACAAACGGCGCAGGGCACGACAAGCAGCCAACCAAGGUGCAGUUACAUAUCAAGCUGCUCCACAACAGCCUCCCACUGCACAAAACUAUGUUCCUCCGCCAGCCUAUGGACAACCAGCAGGACAGACUUAUCCUCAACCUUACCCACAACAAGGAGUCCCACCACCCCAACCAUCGCCUUAUCCAGAGAAACAGGGUCCCUACCCACCACCUGGUCCUGGAUAUCCUGCUGGAACACAACCAUAUCCCACACCUGAUGGUCCACCGUCUUAUCCACCUCCUGGUGGUCAACCCUACCCACCCCCUACAGGUCAGUUCUAUCCAGCUCCUACUGGUGUACCAUACCCUUCUGCUGGAGAUCAACCCUACCCACCACCUGGGGGACCUCCUUACCCACCUCCAGCUGUUGGUCAGCCUUACCCACCACAAGGUGCACCGCCUGGUCCAGCUCCACCUUACCCCACUUAGGCAAAUGAAACAGAGACUGGCCGUUGGAUGGUUAACCUUUAAUUCACUGCUGACUUGUAAAGUUGUGAGAAUACUACUAUAGUGUGUAUCACUAAGGAGGUUGGUACAGGCCCGUAGGCUGCCAAACAAAUGGGGGGGGGGGGGGGGUUAGAUUAAAUGUUUAACUAAAUUAGUUCAAUGCACAGAUAUAGUGUGUAAAAACUGUCUGCUAGAAUGAGCAGUUCAUAGCAAGAUACAGCUAAUAACAAAAGAAUUUUAAAAUAUAACAUUAAGCCUAUGGGCCUGAUGUUAAGAGGUAAUAAUGUUGAUUCGUAGCUAGAAAUUCCUCGACAUCCUUUUGCUUCAGUUCAGUUUUGCCUAGUCCAGAUUCAUACAUGGAAUGAUUUUGAUAGGCAUCGGCGAGAUAUCAUAAUAACAAAAGGUGUAAAAAAGUGUAAAAAAAAGUGUGGUUAAUUAUUUUUAAUCUAAUAUGCACAUAGAUAGGUAUUAUUAAUUUAUAAUUCUGUCACAUAUUGAGUUAUUUAUUUCUAUUUGCACCUGCACUGGAAUUUGCGUAAUGUCCACACAGGAUUUUGUAAAUAAAUUAUGUAGAAGUAGAAGUGUAAUUCCAGAGUGCGAGGCCCUGUCAGCACAACAACAGAAAUUUCUGUUUCUGUCCACAAGUGUCAGACCAUAUCCAAAAAGCUUCGAAAAAGCUCUUUAUUUUGGAUUUUUAAAGAUUGGGCAGGGCCUAUGAUUAUAUCACGGAAAUGGAUGUAAUCAUCUUGUGCUUGCACUUAGACUUUUUUGCAUUUGGAAUUUAAUCUCUUAAAACAACCAAUAAGUAAUGAAAGAAGCGAGCAGCAAUGCUUUAUCAAGUAUAAAAUCCGACAAUACUCAGAGCUUAUAUAGCUUAAAAUACCGAUUUAAGCUCAGCAGACGUUUAAGAUUUUUUGAAAAUGUUUGAAAACCCGAGUUGUGAUAUACAUCUAGGCAUGUUAUUAUGCGCGAAUAACCCUGACUGGACUAGAACUCUAGGUGCGCUUUCCAUUUGUCAGAACUGGCUGGCCACACCCAGAGAAAAUGUCAUUGUAUUUCAUUCCCAUUUAGUUAGAAAAUUCAAAUUUUCAAAUUCUAUCCAUUAUUCUACAGAAAACCUCGAAAUGACUGAAAAAUGUUGACAAAAAGCAUGUAUACCUCUAAAUAUAGUGGACUGGCCGGCCAGUUCUGCCUAAAUGGAAAGUACCCUAGGAUUGCUUGAUACCUUGCAUUGAUCAGUGACAAGAGACCCUUACAAGUGUUUUUUGGUACUGCCAAACGCAAGUCAGUAUAAUCGGCAGCUAUCUAUAACUAAAGGCACGUGUAUCUUUAUAUAGACGUACGUGUUCCUUUAGAUCCUGCCGGUAGCCACUAGCUGUGUGUUAAUCAUUCCUGAAUAAAGGCUCGUACUCCUG